AUGUCAUUGGUGCUAUGUGUAACUAGGUACUGGACAACCAGCCACUAUAUAUGUGGGCAGAGAGUAGUGAUCAUCCUCUUACCAGCUUCAUUGACCUUCCUCUUACCAUCCGACAAAAAAUAUAGUUGGAUGAAGGGUUGCUCUCCAGCAGCCGAUGAGGAAAGGGCGGCGAUGGUGCCUCUGCCUUCUCCAGCUGGGGAUGAGAUCGUCGACAAAGAUCUGGCGGCGAUGCACACCAAGCCGUGCUGGACGGCGACGGCAAGGGGCGGGGUUGGAGUGGCCAUGGCCAUCUUUGUGCUUCUUGCUUUGCUAUUGCAGACCAAAUGGAUCAACCUCGACGCAGCUUACUACACGUUCUCGCCGGCGGGCACUGGGUUCAGUCAGCAUGGACGCGGCCACUCAUACACGGCGCCCCUGAUACCCAUACCAUUGAGCUGCAGCAACGACACCGACACGUCGUCAUCGACAACAGCGCCACCGCCAGCACCGUCCUCAUCAUCUAACAAACGGCGGUACUAUCCCGGAGUACCGCCGCCUUUGUGCCCGGACUACUUCCGCCACAUCCACACGGACAUGGAGCCGUGGCGCGCGACGGGGAUCGCGCGGGACGCGGUGGAGCGCGCCCAGCCCCACGCCCAGUUCCGGCUGGUGGUUCUGUCCGGCCGCGCCUACGUGGAGAAGUACCGCGACUCGUUCCAGACCCGGGACGUCUUCACGCAGUGGGGCAUCCUGCAGCUGCUGGCCCGCUACCCGGGCCGCGUCCCGGACGUGGACAUCAUGUUCAGCACCCUCGACUCGCCCAGGGUGCUCGCCGCCGACUACCCGUCGCGGUCCGCCGCGCCGCCGCUCUUCCGGUACUGCAAGGAGGAGUCGCGGGAGCUGGCCAUCCUCUUCCCCGACUGGUCCUUCUGGGGCUGGCCGGAGGUGAACGUCCGCCCGUGGGCGCCGCUCAUGGAGGAGCUCGUCCGGGAGAACGCGCGCCUCCCGUGGCCGGAGAGGGAGCCCUACGCGUUCUGGAAGGGCAACCCCGACGUGUCGGAGGUGCGCCAGGACCUGUUCCGGUGCAACAACGACACCGCCGCCGGCAAGGAGUGGAACGCGCGGCUGUUCAAGCAGGACUGGGACGCCGCCGGCCGGAACGGGUUCCGGGACUCGGACCUGACCAAGCAGUGCCGGUACAGGUACAAGAUCUACGUGCAGGGGCACACGUGGUCGGUCAGCGAGAAGUACAUCCUCGCGUGCGACUCGCCGAUGCUCGCCAUCGACACGCCCUUCAGGGACUUCUUCUCGCGGGGGCUCGUCGCCGGCAAGCACUACUGGCUCAUCGACCCGGCCAACAAGUGCCGCGCCGUCAAGUUCGCCGUCGACUGGGGCAACGCCCACCCGGCGCAGGCGCGGCGCAUGGGCGAGGAGGGCAGUGGGUUCACGAGGGAGGAGAUGGGCAUGGACUACGUGUACGAGUACAUGCUCAAUGUGUUGAGGCAGUACAGUGCCCUGCUCCGGUACACGCCCACCGUGCCGGAGAGGGCUGUGGAGGUCAGCCUCGUGUCCAUGGCCUGCCCCAGGCGCGGGCGCGAGAGGGAGUUCAUGAUGGAGUCCAGGGAGAAGUGCGUGGCCGUGGACGAGCCAUGCACGCUGCCGCCGCCAUUCACGGUCGAUCAAGUCAGGGAAAUGGCCGUGAGGGACGAGCAGGUGCGAAGCAAACUACUACAGAUGGUGCGACAUUAG